AUCACUGCGCGUUAGUCAGUUCAUUACGGCAACACCUUACAACCUUUGCCUAUAUUGCGGUUAUUCAACAAUCAACAAAUUAGCUUAGUAACUUCUACUUAAAAAUACCCAUCCAUCUAUUGGACUUUUUCAAACGUUUAUACUCGUGAGUGACAACGUUUCUUCCAGAUAUUUGAUUAUUACGAUAAUAGACAAGAGUAGAAGAGCGGUAAUGUAUAUAAUAUGUACCUAUAAAUAUGAAUAUUUUGGAAAUGUGAAAUUUAUUGCCUAGUGUAAAGCACUACGUAGAAUUUAGGUCAUCAGUCAUCACCAUGCUUACUACAAUGUCAAGACCCAAAGUGUUAGUUGUAAUGAAACUCGUUCCAGAGAUCGCAAUUGAUUUACUUCGUAAAAGAUUUGAUGUCGAAGUAUGUGAUUUUAGACCAGUCACUCGGGCAGAAAUUAUGAAAAAAGUACCUGGAAAAUUCGCAAUAUUUUGUAGUGCAUUUAACAAAAUUGACGAAGAAUUAAUUAAAACUGCAGGCCCCAGUCUAAAGGUUGUUGGAACCAUAUCUGUGGGAUAUGAUCACGUCGACUUGACUGCAAUGAAAAAAUAUGGCGUACGUUUGGGAAACACGCCACAUGUCUUAACCGAAGCAGUAGCAGAAACAACAGUUGGAUUGUUGAUAGCGACAACGAGACGGUUUUUCGAAGCAAAUCAUGCAUUGAAAACAGGUGGAUGGAAAGAUGUGACUUCGGUUGUUUGGUUGAAUUGGAUGUGUGGUAGAGGUAUUAGAAACUCUGUUGUUGGUAUUGUUGGAUGUGGCAACAUUGGUACAUCAAUUGCAAGGAAGCUGAAGACAUUUUCCAUUUCUCAAUUGCUGUACACCAGUAGAACUGAAAAACCUGCUGUCAAAGCUCUCGGUGGAAAAUUGGUUACAAUCGAUGAGCUUGUCGAACAAAGUGACUUCAUAAUCCUUUCCAUUGCACUGAAUGAGGACACAAAGUUUAUCAUUAACAGAGAACGCAUUGCCAAAAUGAAGUCACACGCCGUAUUGGUGAAUAUUGGUCGUGGAGGACUUAUUGACCAAGAUGCACUCAUCGAAGCAUUACAAGAAAAUAGAAUUGGAGGUGCUGGCCUAGACGUUAUGACACCAGAACCAUUACCACUUGAUAGCCCUUUGAUGAAGAUGGACAAUGUUGUGUUGUUGCCACACAUUGGGAGUGCUUCCAUUGAAACAAGAACAGAGAUGGCUAUUCUCACUGCCAAAAAUAUAAUUGCUGUUUUAGAUAAUACCGCAAUGCCAAAUGAAGUUCAGUAUUAGCUUAAUUAUUAUACGCUAGAGGCUAGAUAAAAUUGUAUUAAAAAUAAUCUAAUUUGUGAAUGUUACAAAGUAUAAAAUUAUAAUACUUGUUAAUGCAUUUAUUGAUUUAAAAUUGUCGAGUAUAGUAUUUUCUUUAAUAUUUCAAA